AUGGAGGCUCUUUUGCAGCAGUCUCGCACUAUGUGCCCUUUCCUUAAGCGCACAUCCCCCACUACCCUCCGGACUCUGUCAACCGCUACUCGUCCUAGCACCAGCCCGGGAGGUGGAACUAUGUCCAACCUGCAAGUUUUGGGCCGCCGCUGCCCAGUUAUGAGCAAGGCUCUGGCUGUUCAGAGCGCCCGUCUGAGUGGCAGCAAGCGUUUCACCUCCCGUGCCGCCGGAGUCGCUGCAUUCCAGCCUGCCCGAGUUCCGACUGGUAAGCGGGCAUUGCACACCACUGGUGGUCACCCUGCUAGUCUCGCCUCUGGCGGAUACGAGAAAACCGAACGGGGAAACCCUAACUUGCCCAAUCCGCUCCGCUCGUCCCUUGCCGCUCACGCCGCCCACCCCGGCCCCGCGGUCCGCGGCCCCCGCCCGGAAGCCCCAACCAACUCAAAGUUCAAUUACGAUGACUUCUACAAUGUGGAACUGGAGAAGAAGCACAAGGACAAGUCCUACCGCUACUUCAACAACAUCAACCGUCUCGCCAAGGAGUUCCCUCGGGCCCACACUGCCUCUGCUGAGGAGCGUGUGACUGUCUGGUGCUCGAAUGACUACCUUGGCAUGGGCCGUAACCCGCAGGUCUUGGAUUCCAUGCAUAAGACUCUGGACACCUAUGGAGCCGGUGCAGGUGGCACUCGCAAUAUCUCGGGUCAUAACCAGCAUGCUGUCGCCCUGGAGCAUACGCUUGCUAAGUUGCACGGCAAGGAGGCCGCAUUGGUCUUCAGCUCCUGCUAUGUGGCCAAUGAUGCCACCCUAGCAACAUUGGGUAGUAAGAUGCCCGAUUGUGUCAUCCUCUCAGACAGUCUCAACCAUGCCUCCAUGAUUCAGGGUAUUCGACACUCUGGCGCGAAGAAGAUGGUCUUCAAGCACAAUGAUAUGGAAGACCUUGAAGCCAAAUUGGCCUCUUUGCCACUUGGCACCCCCAAGAUUAUUGCCUUUGAAUCCGUCUACAGUAUGUGCGGAUCAAUUGCACCCAUUGAAAAGAUUUGUGAUCUCGCCGACAAAUACGGUGCCAUCACUUUCUUGGAUGAGGUCCAUGCCGUAGGCAUGUACGGCCCACACGGAGCUGGAGUUGCCGAGCAUCUCGAUUACGAUGCGUACGCAUCGCAGGAUACAGCUUCCCCGCAAAGCACUAAGGGCACAAUCCAGGACCGAAUUGACAUUAUCACCGGUACCUUGGGCAAGGCCUACGGCUGUGUCGGCGGAUAUAUUGCAGGCUCGGCAGCCAUGGUGGACACCAUCCGCUCCCUUGCUCCCGGUUUCAUCUUCACCACUUCCCUCCCACCAGCAACUAUGGCUGGUGCCGAUGCCGCCAUCCAGUACCAGGCCCAGCAACCCCGGGACCGAGUCCUCCAACAACUUCACACCCGUGCAGUCAAGGCCGCCUUCAAUGAUUUGGAUAUCCCCGUCAUCCCCAAUCCCUCACACAUCGUCCCCCUCCUAGUCGGUGAUGCCGAGCUGGCCAAGCAGGCUUCCGACAAACUCCUCGAGGAGCACGGUAUCUACGUGCAGGCCAUCAACUACCCCACUGUUCCCCGCGGCGAGGAGCGUCUGCGCAUCACCCCCACCCCAGGCCACGUGAAGCCUCUGCGCGAGCACCUCGUGCAGGCCGUCCAGGCCGUCUGGAACGACCUCGGCCUCAAGCGCACCAGCGAUUGGAAGAGCCAGGGCGGUUUCGUCGGCGUUGGUGUUGAAGGCGCCGAGGCUGCCAACAUGCCCAUCUGGGAGGACGCCCAGCUGGGCCUGCAGGCCGGCGAGACCAUCGAGGGCGCUGUUGCUCGUGAAUUCAACGACGCAGCUGCCCAGGCCACCGUGCCACUGAAGGCUGCUACCCCUCUGACCGAGAAAGCUUACUCGGGAAUGAACUCCACCCCCGUUGGUGUGGUUGCCUAG